GAAAGUUAGAAAAGAACAAGCCACGGAAAGCAAGAGCAAGUGACACAAUUCUGUCAGAUAAAAUUAGGAGGCUUCUCUCAGUUGUAUGUCAGCAACAUCAAUGAAGAGUGACCGUUCAAUGGAUUCCCCUCGUUAUUUCAAAGAGAGAGAAAAGGUCUCUCAGCCAAAAGCAGAAACAGGAGAACCAUGUGACAUCUGCUCUGAGCGCAAAGCCAUGAAGCUUUGUCUGACCUGCUCUGUCUACUACUGUGAGAAACACAUGAGGAAGCACUUCAUAAUACAAGCACUGAGGAGACACAUCAUGGUGGAUGUCACUGAAGAAGUCGUACUACAGAGAAACACCUUGGAGAAGAAGAGGAGAGAGGAGCAGGAGGAAGAGGGAAGGAGACAGGGACAGGAGGAGGGGCUGAGGUGGCAGACGAGGAAGGAGGACUUUAGGGAAGAGGAGAGGGGGCACCAGGAGGCUGCGGAACAACAGUGCAGAGAGAAGGAGAGGAAGAGAGAGAUGGAGAAGGAGAGGGAGAGAGAGAGGGAGAGCGAGAGAGAGAGGGAGAAGGAGAGAGAGAGGGAGAGAGAGAGGGAGAAGCAGCAGCUAUCGAUAGGGGACUCCUAUGGCUGUACUGACCAGGUCCAGCCUGAGACAUCCAGGGUAGACAGGGCAAAGUCCAAAUCCAUUCCUGAGCUGGACCAUGUGGAGGAACCAGAGAUCACAGUGACUAGCAGUGACAGGCUGGGUGAGGCAUCGUGGAUAAAUGGCCAGCAGAACCUGCCCAAGGUGCAGCUGGAGAGGCAGCAGAUCCUGCCCAAGGUGCAACUGGAGAGGCAGCAGAACCUGCCCAAGGUGCAGCUGGAGAGGCAGCAGAACCUGCCCAAGGUGCAGCUGGAGAGGCAGCAGAUCCUGCCCAAGGUGCAGCUGGAGAGGCAGCAGAACCUGCCCAAGGUGCAGCUGGAGAGGCAGCAGAGCCUGCCCAAGGUGCAGCUGGAGACGCAGCAGAUCCUGCCCAAGGUGCAGCUGGAGACGCAGCAGAUCCUGCCCAAGGUGCAGCUGGAGAGGCAGCAGAUCCUGCCCAAGGUGCAGCUGGAGAGGCAGCAGAGCCUGCCCAAGGUGCAGCUGGAGACGCAGCAGAUCCUGCAGAUGAAAAAGAAAGUCAGACUACGCAACGACGACAGCUGGAUCCGCCAGUGUUCCACCAGCAAGCCUCCUGCCACCGGACCCAUCAGGAAAGGCAAGUCUCUCGACAACCUGGACAUCUGCUCUUCCUGGCACUCGUCGUGGACACCGGAGAGCACCUCCUCCAUCCUCAACUACAGUUGGCCUCACUCUGCCCUCAACAGCUACAUCGGCCGGGUCGGAGGUCAUUCCGGCUCAGCCACUAUGUCCUCUCUCUCCAUGAGCUCCCUCAGAGGAGCCGGGGUUGGAAGCAACCAGUCUUCAUGGUCCCAGCGCUCUCCCUCACCCUCCUCCUCCUCCUCUUCCCCCUCCCCUUCUACUGGCCCCAAGUCCCAGUCAUUCCUAUCCGUGCAUGAAAGCAGCAGGACAGUGAGUGGCAAGGAAAUGUGUACGUUGUGUGACACGGCGCUGGUCGAGGGAGCCGCCAUGGUCAUCGAGUCCCUGGGGCUCGUUUAUCAUUUGACGUGUUUCAAAUGCAUCAACUGUAAGUCCGAGCUGCUGGGCGCAUCGGAGGUCGGAGCGGAGGUCAGAAUACGGAACCGACGGCUCUUCUGUGACUCCUGCUACGUGAUUGAAAAGUGGACAGUCAACCUCCGUGAGAAACGAGUCAAAAGAUUUUCAGAAGUAAAAGCAAGAUACACCAGCAGUGUUGUUUCCUAAGAGAGCAAAUGAAACACAGUGGGCAGAACAAGGAGUUUCAAGUGAAGUUGUAUUGUCACAUGCACAGGAUUAGCAGGUCGAACACAGUACAGGGAAACGUUAACUUGUGAGCUCUUUCCCAACGAUGCACAACGAAGCCAGUGAGAAAGAAAUAACAACCGGACAUGAAAGAAGAAACAUGAGGAUGCUGUUAUAUACAGGUCUGAUAUACAGGUCUGAUAUACAGGUCGUCUUAUAUACAGGUCUGAUAUACAGGUCGUCUUAUAUACAGGUCUGAUAUACAGGUCUGGUAUACAGGUCGUCUUAUAUACAGGUCUGAUAUACAGGUCGUCUUAUAUACAGGUCUGAUAUACAGGUCUGGUAUACAGGUCGUCUUAUAUACAAGUCUGAUAUACAGGUCUGGUAUACAGGUCGUCUUAUAUACAAGUCUGAUAUACAGGUCU